AUGUUUGCCCUCGAGCUCAAGGCGGAACUGUCGGGAGUCACCGGCUUGCGCCCCGAAGACACCGCGGACAAUCCGUUCUGGUACAUGUUCAAGGUUCAAUGCACCUCUUGCAGAGAGUCGCACGCCAACUAUGUGGGAGUGAACCGCUUUGAGACCAACGAGAUGAGCGGCAGCCGCGGCGAGGCCAACUUUGUUUGGAGGUGCAAAAACUGCAAGCGAGAGUCGUCUGCAUCCAUCAAGAGCGGCCCCGCCCCGUACGAGCAGUCGGAGCCGCCCAAGGCCCAGAGGUUGAUUGAGUUUGACUGCCGGGGGUUGGAGUUUACAGAAUUCAAGCCGGAGGGAGACUGGGCAGCCCAGGGCGCCGAGUCUGGGACCAAGUUCACGGGCAUCGACUUGGUGGAUGGGGAGUGGUACGACUAUGACGACAAGGCGGGAGAGGAGGUGAGCAUCAAGGAAAUUUCAUGGGAUAUUCGCCGAGCUUGA